AUGCACUUGGUCACCCUUAGAGCACUGAACAUCAACGCCAGGGUCCUAGAAAAACACGGACUAAUAAGCGAUAGACCAGUCGGGUGUUCUCAACUCCCCGUAUCUCCACACUCUGGCCGUCGGUCAAGUCCGGCAGAGUACAGCCUCCAAUUCCAUCAGACCCGGGCCCCGUAUCAUCAUACCCAGGGUAACGUCCUCGGCCCAACCACUGAGCGUCGUUCAUCACAAACUGUGGAGGGUUACAAUCCUGCACAUCACGCCUCGGCCAAGAUAAGCUCACAACAACAUGCACCGAGGACAUGUUCAUGUUCAGCACCUCGCAAAAUUAUUGCGCAGAGGGGCAUAAGGUUGACCCGCUCCCUCCACACGUUUGGCCCCCUUCCUUGGCCCCUUUGGCCCCAGUUCCUGGCUAGGCCUGCCGAUCCCCAUACAUUCGGGGCGGUGCCUGAUCCUGCACUAGCCUCUCGAUCAGCCGCUCCAAUCACAAUGAAGCCCACCAAAUUAAUCCCAACCAUCCUCUCCCUCAUACCAACCCUCACCCUCGCCUCCGAUAGCGACGACUUCCCAUCCGGGGCUAAACUCUGCGAGCCGCAAGGUGCAGGCAGCUGCCAAUUCGCCGUAUACCAGCUAUAUCCCGAAGUAGAAUGCUACCACCAACAAAAGAGUGCUGCCUACAUCUUCGAUCACUCAUGCAACAUCAUCGGCCACAUGGAGAACUUCACCCAGGGAGACGCCAUGGCUUCGCAGCUGCCGUAUACUGUGGACAUCGAGAAUAUUUUUGGCUACCCAUCCUGCUAUCUCAAGUACGAGAUUGCGUACAGUGAUGGAUUGUAUGGGUACAGCAUGCCCUCGGGAGGUAUUUGGGAUGACUGCAAGGAGGGUGAUUAUCAGUGCACUUGGUAUAGGGUGGCGUUUGAUUGUCCUGGGUUUUAG